GUGAGUAAAUAGUAUUGGCGCAGCUUCUGUGUAUCAAAAUUCUCUCAUUCCUAAAAUUAUAACGUCAAUAUGAUUUAUUUAUUGGCUCGUAUCUCAAAUUGAUAAAUCACCAAAUGACCAGUAUAAAAGUAGGAAGCAAUUGCUGGAAAUUCUUCAGUAGCAGUGUGCUCCCCGCUUGAUACUCAAAUUUAUUCUGAAUUAAGAUGAAUUUGAGCUUCUUUGUAUUCCUCGCGCUCGUUGCAGUGGCUCAUGGUCAGUUCAAUCCUAAUUUCGUGUCUGGUCGCAAUGGUAUCGUGCACCUCUUUGAGUGGAAAUGGGAAGAUAUUGCUGCGGAAUGUGAGAGAUUCUUAGGUCCAAAUGGAUUUGCCGGAGUUCAAGUGUCACCACCAAAUGAGAAUGUGAUCGUAAACAAUCGUCCAUGGUGGGAGCGUUAUCAGCCCAUGUCUUACAGACUUGUUACAAGAUCAGGAAAUGAGCAGCAAUUUGCAAAUAUGGUGUACAGAUGUAACAACGUUGGUGUUCGCAUUUACCCUGAUAUCGUUAUCAAUCAUAUGGCUGCUGGUCACCCAAACAUGAUAGGAACUGGAGGAUCCACUGCUAAUGUAGGCAAUAGAGAUUUUCCUGGAGUACCCUACAGCAUUCACGAUUUCAAUCCAUCUUGCCCCAUAAAUAACUAUCAAGAUCGCUAUCAAGUCCGUAAUUGUGAACUAGUCGGUCUCCCGGAUCUCAACCAAGGUGUUGCAUGGGUCAGGGACAGAAUUGUUGAGUACCUUGAUAAUUUGGUCAAUCUUGGAGUCGCUGGAUUCCGUAUUGAUGCUGCUAAGCAUAUGUGGCCAGGAGAUUUGGAAAUCAUCUACGGUCGUGUAAGAAACUUGAAUACUGUCCACGGUUUCCCGGCCAAUGCUAGACCAUUCUUCGCUCAAGAAGUCAUUGACCUAGGCGGUGAAGCUGUAUCCAAGAACGAAUACACUGGCUUCGGUGUUGUUACCGAAUUCAAGUUCUCCGCCGAAAUCGGUCGUGUCUUUAAUGGGAACGAUAGACUAACCCAUUUGUCAAAUUGGGGUGAAGCUUGGGGCUUUCUACCAUCCAACCGUGCCCUUGUUUUUGUGGAGAAUCACGACAAUGAACGAGGUCAUGGAGCUGGAGGUGACCAGAUUCUUACGUACAAGAACGCUAAGCCCUACAAGAUGGCUGUAGCCUUUACCCUCGCCCAUCCUUUCGGAAUCCCGCGAAUUAUGUCUUCUUUCGCAUUCACGAACACCGAUAUCGGACCACCAAUGGACGGUAAUCAGAACAUUAUCUCACCAAGCAUUAAUGCUGACGGAACUUGCGGAAAUGGAUGGGUUUGUCAGCAUCGUUGGCGCCAGAUCUUCAAUAUGAUCCGCUUUCGAAAUGAAGCUGGUUCAGCUGCACUUACAAAUUGGUGGUCGAAUGGCAACAAUCAGAUUGCUUUUGCACGAUCCGGUCGCGGUUUUGUUGCUUUCAACAAUGAAGGAUCCAAUAUGAAUGUAAAUCUGCAAACAUCCCUUCCUGCUGGAACCUAUUGUGAUGUGAUCUCAGGCAAUGUAUCCGGUGGAUCAUGUACAGGAAAGACUGUUGUUGUUCAAGGAAAUGGUAAUGCCAAUAUUGUAAUUGGAGCUGCAGAAUACGACGGUGUUUUGGCCAUUCAUGUUGGUGCGAGAUUGUAAUCAUGAAGAAGUACUUACUUAUCAGAAACUAAUAAAGAUUUUACUGAUCUUGAA